GUCGAGCAAGCUAAAGGCGUUCUGGUUCAGCAUAUCGGAUGAGCCGCUGCCAGCGCUGGAUUUCUUAUCAGCAGCGCUGCUGUCGGCUGAAUACGAGCGGGCACUGGGUCGGGCGCUGGCACUGCCGGAGUGCAGGCUGAUACCGUUCUUUGGGGCGUUCUUGAGGGAACUCAGAGAGAUCCUCUCAGCCACUCCAGCGCUGACGAGCCACUCAGUGGCUGCCACCCCCACACACAGAAGGGACUUCAGAAGAGAGUCGGGGAAAGAUGACAGAAGUACACAGAAGAAGGAGCCAAGAAGAGAGAGCGGGAAGCGGGUCGACCAGGGAACCACGACCAGCCCCCUCCGAGACAGCUGCAAACGGGACGCGAGGAUGAGCGAGCCCAGCAGACAAGUGUACAUAGCAUCCUUCGACGAAGAAGGCGACCAGACGCCCGGCUGGAGACGGGUCGGCCCCGAGGGUCUGGUGAACCUUGAGAAGGUGUACCGGACUCAAGCAGUCAUGGACCACAUCGCCUCCUUCCACCAGCACCACUACGCGUUGGCCAGGAAUAACAACCCCGUUUUUGGAGAAUACUUGAGAGCAGCACUGUCUUCAUGUGACGAGCCGGUCUUCUCCCAGUCUUCCCAGAAGACCAGCGGCUGCGACUUCGAGAACGAGGCCCUGUAUGAGCUGGAGGGCGGAGGGUACUGCCCUGUGCAACCCCUGCCCCACGACCAUGGAGUGACGAUGUUCCCUCUGGCACCACAGAACGGGGAAAGGAUUGAUAGGCAUAUACUACAAAUAAUGCAGCACGGCACGGCGUGCGUGGUGGGGGAGGCGGAAUGGGGAGGAGCAUUGGCACAGCUGAGGCUAGAGCGAGCGUGCGCACUGCUCGCCUGGUGCAGGACCGCGCACAAGCCUCACACGCAACACGGAGAACCUCUAUCAGAAAACGUGCAGCAGCCAGAAGUGAGCCUCUCCUACAAUCCAGAAGAGGUGAUACCACUGAAGUACACGGCCAAUCUCGCACACGAGAAUGAAGCGGGGGUGGUGGGGGAGGAAGGCUUCAUCGACCUCCAGUGCGUGAAGGACAUGCGAUUAGGCGGGAAGCUGUUAGAGCCACGGGACAUCGCAGAGCUGACCGCAGCAGCCAGGAAGCACGGCUUGGAGUGUUCCCACAGUCCUCACAUCAUAUCCCUGGUGUACGGCAGGACGCUGAGCGACAAUAGGACUGUACAUUUUGUGCUGCCUUCGUAUUCUUACAAAGUCUGGGCAGUGGGCCUCCACUCCGUGAUCAAGGCGCUCAUGAGCCAAGCCAAGCUGGCUGACCGGAGCUUGGCGUGGCUAAAGAACAAAUACACAGCACUGUACUACGAGGAUGGAUGCUGCUGCGAACCACUGGUCUCGGAUGCUAUCAGGGUAUUCGGCGGCCGGGAGUCUGUAUCCGGUAGCUCAUCACACUCUACACCAGUGAAGGGGGUCUUCACUGACUCACAUUCAGACUCUAUUAGAAGCGCAGGGAUCAAGUUCAAGAAAAAUAAGUCGACUUCAGAGUUAAAGACAAGCUCUCCCAAAAGCUACGGGUCCACACACACGUCGGGGACACGGAGCGAAGAUGAGGUCAUUCAGGGAUCACCAAGACACAGCUCGUACUCGGCGUCGUCGAGUCACCACCACCCGGUCGGGCCCCGGCACAGCAGCCUCACAGCAGCCGCCACCAGUAUCAUCGCUGGCUCUCCUAACAGGAGCAGUUUAAGAAGACUAGAGACCAGUGAGCGAUUCUGGGAGAACUUGAAACACUUGCGGACGGGUUCCGUAGGCUACGACACCCAACUAGACUUUAUGGACUUCGUGGCCUUAUUUAGGAGUUUUAGUUUAGUAAUGCGGUCAGAGCUGAGAGACGUGUUCGAGCAACUAGCCGUGCCAAGGAACAGGUCGCCUCUGCUAUGCGCUGAGAAGAGCAGAAGUUCACCCGAGCUGUUCAGGAGUAGAGCCAUCUUCAGGACUGGUCUACUGACAAGGAAUGGGUCUUUAGACCUAGAACCACCGAGCGACAAGGCUGGCAGGAAGAAAGCAUUCGACCUUCUAGCUGCCGCUGCCUUACCAGGUGCGUGCCCAGACGUGAGUGGUAGAGUGUUGUCUUUGCCCACGCUUGGGAAGUUCUGCGAGACGAGACAAAACGAGCCAAAGACUGAAGAGCAACUGAGAGACAUUAUUCAGAGACACGAGCCAGACCCAGCCCUGAGGGCGGACCAGUGCCUCUCUUUCGAGGGCUUCGUCAGGUUCCUGACUGAUAAAGACAACUACGCGUUCGUUCCUGAGCAGAGGAGAGCGAACAACUAUGUUAGCAAGAUCGCAAACCCCGAGGAAGACGACGCCAACAAGGAGCUGUCAAAGCAGAUGUCAGGUCCGCUCAGCCAAUACUACAUCGCUAGCAGUCAUAACACCUACCUGACCGGCCAUCAGCUGAAAGGAGAAUCGUCUGUGGAACUGUAUAGUCAGGUUUUGCUCACUGGCUGUCGCUGUGUGGAGCUGGACUGCUGGGACGGAGACGAUGGUAGUCCUGUCAUCUACCAUGGACACACAUUCACCACCAAGAUCCCUUUUCGAAGAGUCGUCGAGACGAUAGCAAGGAGCGCGUUCGUAGCGUCACCUUACCCUCUGAUCCUGAGCAUCGAGAACCACUGCAGCCUGCCGCAGCAGCAGGUCAUGGCCAGCACUUUUGAGGCAGUAUUCGGAGACAAGCUGGUGACGUCGUUUCUGUUCGAGGCCGACUAUACCGACGAGCCGCGCCUGCCGAGUCCGGAGCAACUCAAACACAAGGUGCUAAUAAAAAACAAGAAGUUGCUACCCAUUGAGUCCAGUCCCACUGUUGGGCUGACGGGAGCCAGCUCAGCGCAGGGAUAUGGCGGUGUUCUCGCUAGUGCUUUUCGCUCCAACGGCAUCCGGCAGACCAGCACUUCUCUCCCAGAGCAGAGUAACAGAACCAGUUCCAUCAUGUCCAACCAGUCGGCUGGCAGCUCGCUUACGGAGUACUUCUCGGAUGAGGAUUAUGAUGAAGAUGAUGAGGAACUAGAUGAAAAAGAACUGCACAAGAUACUCAACUCCAUGGAGGACAAGUGCGGUCGGACCUCUCUGUCGCUCUACCAGAGCUUCCGUAGGAGCGAGGGAGACGGCGAGACCACCUCGGGGAGUGUCAAACACGCCCCCACUAGGAAGAGGAGUAACCAGAUAGCGAGGGAACUGAGUGACAUGGUCACUUAUGUACAGGCAAUAAAGUUCCGCGGCCUCAACCCGCUCUCCCCCCGAAGCUCGGUGAAGCAGCCGAGCACGGCGGCCAAGGACAGUGCUCCGUGCAGCAGCUUCGAGUCUUCGGAGAGCAGCGACAGCGCCGGCACUCAACUGGCCCAGCAGUCCCAAGCCUCCACCACCAGAGCUCGCUGCCUCAACGCGCCGGCUGUCCACCACCCCUGCUACCGCUGCUCGUCCGUCAACGAGGCCAUCGGCAAGAAAAUCUGCAGGAAGCAUUCCCGAGCGCUGAUAGCUCAUACCGAGACGCAGCUCGUGAGGACGUACCCUGCUGGCCUAAGAAUCGACUCGUCCAACUUCGAUCCAGUAGUAUUCUGGUCGUGCGGCGUACAGCUGGUGGCCCUCAACUACCAGACUGAGGACGCGGCGAUGGCGGUGAACGCGGCCAUGUUUGAGAGCAACGGCUGCGUGGGCUUCGUGAGGAAGCCGCCCGUCAUGUGGGACCCUAAACACAUCGCUUAUAGACGCUUCAACCCAAUCGACAAGGAAUUCGACGGGAUCCACGCAGCCCAUCUGACCCUCGCAGUCAUCUCGGGCCAGUACGUCGCCGAGAACGUAUACUCGUUCUACAAUGCCUUCGUGGAGGUGGAGGUCCUGGGAGUGCCCGCUGACUGCAGGAAGAUCAGGACGAAGGUCGCCAGGAGGAACGCGCUGAACCCGAUAUGGAAUGAGACUUUUAAUUUCAAGAUAAACUUCCCAGAGCUGGCUUUCGUCCGCUUCGAGGUGUACGACGCUGACACCAACUACAUGCUGUCCCAGAGAGUGAUACCGCUGCAGUGCCUACGACCCGGCUACAGGCAUGUCAGGCUUCGGUCCCCAACAAACCAGCCUCUCAACAUGGCCUCCCUGCUCAUCUUCUCCCGAUGCUCUGAAGAACUAGCGGGCGAGUCGUGUCGCGGUGACGUGGAGCCGUCGUCGCCUCGCGAGCGUCGCAAGAUUCAUUUUCUGGUCGUGUACGCGGUGGCACGACAUGAACCGUACUCUAUACUGAAGGUCACGAGGGAUACCACUGCCAAUGAGGCAAUAGCCCAAUGUCUAACCAAGACGGGCGUGUGCCGCUCCUCCCGCGGGAACUACGUGCUGGUCGAGGAGCUGCCAUCCAGGGCUCCCACGCAGAGGGUCCUGGCGCCGCACGAGCGCGUGCUACGGGUAGCGACCGCGCGCCCCGGGGCCCGGCUGCUGCUCAAACGGGUGGGGGACGACCCUAGCAGCCGGGCCUGGCUGACUAGCAUACGGUCGGCGUCCACGGACCGGUCUCGGGACAAGUCGGUGCCUUCGGAUGAGGAGUCCAGCACGCAGGACGACGAGCCCCGGAAGCCUCCAGACAGUUUCCUGGUGUGCGUCCACAAUGUUUCACAUGAGAUACCCUACGCUAUACUGAAGGUCCCCCUAAGUGCCACAGCAUCCUACGUAGUCUAUCAGGCGUUGACCAAAGCUAGAUGCCAGGAUGAUCCCAAAAGGUUCGUCCUGGUGGAGGAGCUGGAGUGGGGCGGGCGCGCCGGCGCCGGGCCGCAGCAGCGCGCGCUGGCUGAUGACGAGGUCGUCUACGCUGCUCAGGCCAGUUGGAAGACCCUGGGCCGCUUUGUUCUCCAAGAGAAAGGCAGCUGCGCACCACUGCCUCGACACCGCGCCGCCAUCGCGCGCAUACAGCGCGGGCUCAGCAUGACACGGGGAGCCAUCGCAGGAGGGUCGCCUUUCCCUCUGGGAGGGGGUAUUUCCGAAAACCCUCCAAACGAGGGCAAGCCUCCGAUACAAGCCGCAUACAGCGACCCCACUCAUUGCAGACGCGUGUCUUCAACUCCCCUGGGCAAAGGCAUCGGCCGCGCUAAGGGACACUCGGACAAGGACAUGCGGGCUUAUAUGCAGAAGCGAGCGGCUGCUAGAGAGGUGCACUCGGAAGGCGAGACGGCGCCGGGCGGGUCUUUAGGGGCAGAGGCGCUGGCGGCGCAGGUAGCUCGCUUCAAGAGAGUCUCCUUACGCAAGCUGCGCGCGUGGCGCUCCUGAGUGUGGCAGGUCUUCCGCCGGCUAGGCACCCGCCUCGCCAACCACCGGGCGUCGCUUUCCUCCGAGCUCGGCUCCCUCUGGGACUUCAUUCGCAU